GCUGAGGAGGGUGCAGGUGCCGGUGACGAAGUGGCGAUCGACAACGGCGAUUCGGCGGUGCUGCUGCUGCGUGCGCUGUCGACCCAGGACCCUGAGGUUGCCGCCAAGCUCAAGGGGGGCGGCGGCCUGCUGCGGGCCAGGAGCUGCGCCAUCAUGUAG